AAAGCUAUUAAAAAUAGAAUAGCAAUCAGCAAUAUUCUCUCGGUUUCGGAGCUACUUAUUAUAAUAUGAUGAUUGGGUGUCUCUAUCAUUCGUUACGGAUAAAGCUCCUCUCAAAAACACAGAAUUUGUGAAUGAAGUUGUUGGGCACGAAGGAGACCUAAAAGAAUGUAGUUGCCAUUAUAAAGCAAAAUGUGUCCCUGAGCCUUAAUUAUAAAGCUAAGACAAGGGCAGGCACGGUGUUAACAGCAAAUGACGGGAGUAAGCUCUUCAUGCGGAGCAUGUAAGUUCUUGAGAAGGAGGUGCACGGAAGAAUGUAUAUUCGCGCCUUAUUUUAGUUACGAGCAAGCAGCAAAUCACUUUGCAGCGGUCCACAAAGUGUUUGGAGCCAGCAAUGUGUCGAAGCUGCUAUCACAUCUGCCGGAGCAUAGCAGAAGUGAUGCUGCCAUAACCAUAUCUUAUGAAGCGCUGGCACGCAUGGAGGACCCUAUUUAUGGUUGCAUUGCUCAUAUCUUUGCCCUACAGCAGCAGGUGGCUAGCCUGGAGGAGGAGAUACAAAUGUAUGGAAAAGCAAUGGCUAAUCUUGGCAUCAAUGGUGAGAGCAGCAAUGGUUACUUUAGCAGAGAAUGGGAGAAUGAAGCAAUCAUGCAGACGAUGAUGGAUCCUGGAACGAGCGAUGAGAUAUUCGAAGCCUACUUGCUGGAGAAGCUACUUGAACAAGAUUAUUACCUCUGUCAAGACAAUAAUCUUGAAUCUCUGUGGACCAAGUAUGCAGCACCACCUCUGUCUCAGUGGUAGGGAGGAGAGGAGCUUACCUCAUCAUUUGUUUUCUUGUGUUGUUUUUCACCCCUAAAGUCUGUAAGUUGGGAGUUGUUAGCCAAAGCUCUAAUACCAUCUACUUCUCAUCCAUCUUCA